AGCGUCCGCCGUGAGAGUUGCUGAUGUUUGCAAUUUGUCCCCGUUGCGUCCACAUCCUUCUCUUCUUCGUCUCCACCCUCCAUACCCAUUUUGGCUCACUUGCUGCCUCGACGCCUGCUCGCUGGGCAGCUGCCCGCCUCGCCCGCCGCAGGCCCGCGUCUCGCCAUGGGGCUUCCGCUUCCCCUGCUCGCGGUCCUUGCGUUGGCCGCCUCGCGGUGCCGUGCGUUCAGCCAGUGCUCGGACGGGGGCGCCGAGCCUCAGGUGCACGACGUGGAGUCCGACGACGACGGCGCCUUUGCCCAGUUGCGCACUGUGCGCGCCUUUCCGGCUAUGCCUAUGCCGCCUGCUAUGCCUAUGCCGUUUGCUAUGCCUAUGCCGCCUUGGCCCGGCUCCGCACCGGGCGGUUCCUCGGCCUGCACGGCCGCGGUGGGGGGUGUAUGCUUCAGCGGCGACAUGUGCUGCGGCAACAUUGGCCCAGGCGAUGCCGUCACCUCUUCAUGCAAGUGCUGCCCCAACGGGUGCCCAGGAAGCGACUCGACUGCCGACGCCACCACCACGUCUCCGCCGCUGGACCCUUUCUCGGCAGGCGCGGGUGAGUGCACCGCCCCUGGCGCGAUCGACCCGCAGGACAUGAUCAAUGGCGGCGCCGCCAAGCUGAAGAAGGCGGGGAAGUGUGGGGCGGAUGGCUGCACCUGCUCGACCGGCUUGGUAUCCAUCGGCGGUUGCAGUUUUUGCCUGGCCAUGCGCUGAGGCCCGCGGCGGCUUGUCCUCCAAUCCAGUGUUCUGCGCAGUUGCCAGCAGAUCUGGCAAAUCUGUGGCCACGCGCCCAAUGUCACGUUUCACGCGCAUCGCUCGCGCUCGGGCAAGACAGUUCGUGUGCUAGCGCAGCGCGUUUUCAAGUGAGACGGACAAUUUCCGACAAUGAAGAGAGUCCCUUCUUCGUCUCCACUUCCCUCCUUGCGUUUAUUCUCCCACACUCUCAGACUCCACGCAUCCAUGCGGCCCUUCAUCCAUGCCCGCGCGCGCCCAUAGCUGCAUGCACCUACAUGCGUUCAGAGUUUUAUGCUUCCACUCCUCCUUACUUUCUUCUUAUCCAUACCACCAUUCCUCCAUACAUCCAUACCUCUACCUCCGUACCUGCUCUGCGCAAGCAAUAUUCUAA